CACCAAUUGUAUAAUAAUGAACUAUAUAUAUGAGUACAAAUCAUAAAUGUGUGAAUAAAACAAUUCCAACAGUGAUGUGAACACGGGCAGUAAUUUUGCUCGAAAUAUUACCAAUAACAAAACUUAUCAUUGUGUGUAAACUAUUAAAAUAUAAUUAUACUUUAUUUGAUCUAAUCCACAAUGCUCAAACUUUUUACUGAUAUUAAUUCAACUGACGGUCUUCCCAUUAAAAGACUGGCCAACAAACUCACACAUUUAUAUCAAGCUGAAUCUCGAUUUAUGAACCAUCGAAUUUUCAACAUCAGAUGCCUUAAAAUGGAAUUAUUCCUGUAUACAUGAAAUUAAAAUCACCAAUAUCUACUGAUAAAGCAAAUGCAGCGCUCACACAUGCCUCAAAAGUAUGCAUCAAAGAAAACCUACGUGGAAUUAUACAAAAGCUAUUCACGAUAAGGAAAGAUAUUAAUGAAGUAAAAGAAAAAUUGAAAGAAGUAAUUGAAAAAGAAAAGUAUGAAAGCCUACUACAAGUUGCACAAAAACGAAAAGAAACCACUUAUGAAAAAACAAAGGAGAAACAAAUCAAAAAACUUAAUAAACUCAUGAUAGCGAAAACUCCGAAUGACAGACAAGUAACUAAAGCCAAUUGGAUUGUAAACUUGUCAGACAGAAAGCUAACAGAAGCAGAGGAAAUUGUACUGAUGAAAGGGAUGAACUUCAAUAUCAGCAACAAAAGAUUAAAACCAGAAGACAUCAUACCUGUAAUUGAAACAGCACUCGAAGGAUAUGACAAGCAAAAAGCUGAACUGGUACGAGCACAAUGUGCACUUACCUUAAAAAAGCAAAAAGCAGAAAAACCAAAUAUAACGAAGGAGGAACUAAAAGCACUUCAAGACAUAAAAGCAGACAAAUCCACUGUCAUUACUCAAACAGACAAAGGCAACACAACAGUAUUACUUAACAAAACAACAUAUAGUGAAAAGAUGAAUGAACAUCUACAAUCUGGACCCUAUACCAUAAUGACUAAAUCAGCUGAAACAAUCAUCAACAAAACAAUGAAAGAAACAGCAAAUAUAGUUAGACAAAUGAAAGAAGUAAUUGAGAAACGCAAUAUGAAUAGAUUCGUGAGAAUUGGAUGAAAUGAUGUCCUUCGCGACGAUGUAAAUAUCUUGACGUUAUGAGUAUUUUUGAUUUAUAUUUCCACUUCUGUGUUUUACACGAUUACACACACUAUUACUC